GCACAAUGCUAGUACUGUGCAGGGCUGCAUGUGUAAAUAGUUAUACGAGACAAAAUAUUUAAUUUUGUUUGAAUAAUAUGAGUGGAUGUAUGUUGUAUUGAAGUAUAUUAAUUAAUCAGAACUAUUUUUAUACUAUUUUCUGGUGACAUGAUAGUUGAACGAGACCCUAACAAGCGCAGGGUAAAACCUGUUGGACCAGCACACCAAUCAUUGCUGGAUUUUGAUUUAGGAGAGAGUUCAGACGACAGUGACUUUCGCAUUGAAGAUCAUUUUGAAGAGUCUGAUGAUGAUUCUAUAGAUUCAGACGAUGAUGGUGGAGGAAAGGAUGAUGUAAAUGAUGAUGAUGACGAUGACGACGACGACGACGAUGAUGAUGAUGAUGCAGAAGAUUCAGAAGAUAGUGCUGGAGAGAUUCUUCCAGAUGUGAAACAUCCUUUGACUGUUCACCAGAACUUGACAAUUGGAGAUGUGAUUCAGCAGGCAAAACAACGUCAAACUGAGUCAAAACAUCAGUUUGAUUUGAAGGAGGCUGUGAAGGUGCUGAUCUGCUGCGGCUGCUUAGGCGACAGGAGCGAUGAUGCAAAUGAAAUUGUUGAAUGUGACGGUUGUGGAGUUACUGUCCACGAAGGUUGCUAUGGAGUAUCCGACACAGCAAGUGUAUCGAGUACUAUUUCCUCGUGUUCAACAGAACCGUGGUUUUGUGAAGCCUGUCGUGCUGGUGUCACAAAUCCUGCAUGUGAAUUAUGUCCAAAUUCAGGCGGCAUUUUCAAGGAGACGGAUGUCGGAAAGUGGGUGCACUUGGUGUGCGCUCUGUAUGUGCCUGGAGUUGCGUUUGGCGAAGUUGACAAACUCUCAAGCGUGACCUUGUUUGAGAUGCCAUACAGCAAGUGGGGCGCUAAAACUUGCUGCCUCUGCGAAGACGCGCGUUUCAGCCGCACCGGCGUCUGCAUUGGGUGUGAUGCCGGCAUGUGUCGCACUUUCUUUCACGUGACCUGUGCUCAGAGGGAAGGGCUUCUGUCGGAAGCUCACUCCGAGGAAGUGGAUCAGGCGGAUCCGUUCUAUGCACACUGCAAAUUGCAUACUGACAAAAUGCUUAUGAGGAGACGACGUCGCAAUUGGUUGGCUCUACAGCUGCGUACCAAACAGCGUCAGAUCGAGUACCAGCAAGUAGGGCACAGCAACACAACUGAGCAGCUGCGGAUCCAGCGUAAACUUGCUAAGUACCGGCAAAAGUACCUGUCGCACAAAUCUUCAAGGUCCCAUCCUUGGGUACCAACCCAGAAGAUGCCACGGCUGCUGACAACAAGUGCGUCCGCAUAUCGGAAAUUGCUGCUCAAAGCAGAGCUCAUGGGCAUUGACACACAGGCGCUGGAGAUUCAGGAAGCACAAGUGGCAGCCCUUGUUGAUGUUCGUAAGAAAUGGCAUAUUCCUCCUGCCUUCAGCGUGGAAUUUAUCGGCUAUUACUUGGAUCGUAACAUGAGGUUGACCUCUAUGAAAGGUAAACUGGAGAAUCUUCUUCAAGUGAACAACCAUCUUCAAGAUGAGCAGCAAAUGUUGAGAUUUAAAUAUGAUCAACUGCUGAAGGAGAAUGCAGACCUCAGCAGGACGAGUGUGACCUUGAAGCAAACAAUUCAUAAGUACCAUUCUGCUAUCCUGCACGUCUGUCCUUCGAAAGAUCUUCCUGCCAUUGAUGAACUUGGUAAACCUCCACUUCGUGUACUGACUGUGUCUCCAACUGGUUCUGGGUCAAGAUCUCAAAGUGGGAGACCAGAAGGACGAGUUUCUAAUCAGAGAUCUGACACUGGUCCGAUCCCACUCAAUGAAUGUGGAAUUUGUCGUCAGACAAAGGACCAACACCUCCUGGCCAAGUGCGAUACCUGCCACCUUUACUAUCACUUGGGAUGCCUAAAUCCACCACUCAGUCGCAUGCCCAAGAAGACGAAACUCAUGGGAUGGCAGUGUUCCGAGUGUGACAAGGAGUCAUCGGGGUCAGAUUUUGAGGUUGUAGACACCGAGGCCCCACGUCGUCUGCGACACAAGGAAGUUGAGAAAUCUCUGUGUCCAUUGACACCAAAGGUCACGAUCAAACCCUUAGAGCCGCAACCAGUCAGUCUUCCCAGACCAACGUUCACGAUACGAGGCGCCAGUUCUCCUACAGCAACUGUAACUUUGCCUCUGUUGCUAAAUUCCAAUUCUGUGGCAACUACAAGCAAUUCAGUAGAACAUCAGGGGCAGAGGGCAAGCAAGAAGAGGCGUAGGGAGAAGCAUCAUCGCUACUCCCCUGACUCACAAGGCAUGAGCCCUAGUAAGGAGCACAAACGCAAGCGCAAGAGGAAGAGUCUUGACAUGGAGAACCCCAACCAACAAGAGACCCCCAGAAUUAAGAUAAAGAUCAAACCAAUACCAAUGCCAUAUGGGGAGGGAGUGUCAUCUUCCGGUCCUCAAAUGUUUGUUGCAACUUCAAGCACUGAAACGAUACAUUCAACUCCGUCACCUAUAACGGGUAGGGCCCGGCCUAGUAGUGUGAGGAUAUCGUCGGGCAGCAAGAAGGUCAGGGACACAGACGUCAUGACCAAGUGUGAUGUGUGUAAUGGACCGGGCUCCAAUCAGAAUCUUGUCAGGUGUGAUGAAUGCAUGAAGUGUUUCCAUUUCACUUGUCUGGAUCCCCCUGUAAAGAAGACGCCGAAAAGAAGAGGCUAUUCUUGGCAUUGUGCAGACUGUGACCCAACAGAAACAGAAUCUGACAAUUAAUUAUGUGAUUUUCGUAUGUCACAAAACAUCCAGGAUUGGUGCUUGUAACAAGUAUAUCAGAGAUUUUAAGACGGAAGUAACGGCAGUUCCAUGUUGUAAAACCAUUUUAUCCUUGUCAUCAUUCUUCAUUAUCUGUGUUUGUAAUUUGCGUGAAGGUCAUGCAAUCAUUGCUGUUACCAACAUGUAAUUUUUUUUGAAGAGUGUAUGAACAGUGUAUGUGUAGUGUAUCUGAAAGAGCAAGUCAUGGCAGAAUAUAAUGACCACUUCUACUGAAUUUUCAAUGAUUAUAAUUGGUUUGGUCACAUUACACAUUUCCCAGUUGCUUGUUUCUUUAGGUUUCUGAUUUCUUCACAGCUGACCCGGAGGCCUUGCAACAUAGAAACAGAAUAAAAUCAGUUUGAGAGAUAAUGUCAUUACUAGCUCACCUGAUAGAUGUCUCUCAGGCCAUUUAGACAUUUUAAAUUGGAAAUGUUUACCACACUCUUUUAUUUAUUGUUCGUUUAUUUAACAAUGCUUGUGUAGCUCAGACUGUCUAGUGUUAAGUGAUGGGAUGGUGAGUGAAUAAUGAAUUGGAAGGGAUGUGGAAGGAAGUGAUCAUGGCCUAAUUUAAGGCACAUCUGGCAUUUGGCUGGAGGGAGUGACCGAGGUUUUUCAUGAUUUUCCUCAAUCCCUCCAGACAUAUGCUGGAAUAGUACCUUAAAUUAGGCCAUAGUUGCUUCCUUCCACAUCCUUUCCAAUUCAUUAUUCAUUAAUAAUCCUGUCAUCAACAUUAUAUGGUGUGAGCUACUAACAGCAUAAUUAAGUGACUUGCAAACAAACUCUAAAAAUCACAUGCAGUGUGAGAAAGUAUAUAUAUCAGGCUGGUGUGUGACUUAUUUGAAGUAUUCCUUGUUCUGAUGUUUUUUAAUAAAGUAUGAUGCAGUUUAUUUCUGCAUUUAUUUAAAAUGGGGUUAUAGUACACACCAGUCUAAACCAAAAUGCAACUUGCCUGACAAUGUGAAGUGUUGUAAACUAUCCAACUCCAACUGAUUUUUGAGAUAUGUACUGUGGUCAGAUCAACACUGUAACUGUUUUAUGCGUACGUGGGAUAUACAAAUUUAAUUAUAUGGGCUGUGGCUGUAACGUUUUGUGGUAGUGACACCGUGCAGGCCAUCUUGAUAUGACACAAAUAUACAAAAUUAAAUUACAGUAGACAUGAUAUUUAGAAACUCAUAUAAAUUGUAGAUUGCUGGAAGCAAAUAAAGAUAUGAAGGCACAAAACAAAAACAGGAUAGAAGGAGAAACAAGUGGUUGCAAUUAGAAUUCAAAUUAUGGGCGUUCCUUUAAGACAUCGCUGGGUAUAAUUUAAUGUGAAGCUUUGGCCAUGGAUCUAUGUGUAGGGCAGUCUCUGUUGUUUGUUCCCAAAUUUAAAAUUGGGACAAGAUCAGCCAGUAAGGUGACAGGAAAGACGAAGCAUUACCAUUUAGUAUUAAUAACUUUAAAUACAACUGUUCGUUACAGAUAUCCGCUAUACGUGAAAAGCUAUUUUUAGCCAUCUUCAUUGAAUUCGGACUAUUUGUUGUAGUUAUUAAAAGUUUCAUGCACAAUUUUUGUCAUAAAAUCAAUAUUGCACAUAUUUUAUGUUUCUGUUUAUUGCAUUUUCAUGUUAUUUAGUAAAUAUUCUUAAGAAGGAAGAUAUGCAGUGUAGAAACAUGGAAAAAAAGGUGUGCGCAUGUAUAAUUAAAAAUAUUAAUACUUUUGCUAAAAUUAAGUAAGAUGAAGUAAGUGGGGAAUUUAGAAUAUUGCAUAAUGAGGAGCUGAGUGAAUUGUACGGGUCACCUAGCAUAGUGAGGAUAGUGAAAUGUAGGGGGCUUUGUUGGGCUGGAUAUGCAGCACACAUGGAACAGGCAAGGGGUGCAUACAGAAUUUUGGUAGGGAAUCCUUAUGGAAAAUGACCACUGGGCAGAUCAAAAAGGAAAUGGGAAGAUAAUGUCAAGAUAGAUCUUACGGAGGUGGGCUGUAAGGAUGGCAACUGGAUGGUGUUGGACUCAGGAUCAUUGCUGGUGAUGGGCUUUGGUGUUGUCAGUGUUGAACCUGCAGGUUCUGAUAGCAGUGAGUUAACUACUUAUAACAAAGUGAAUAUACAGGUAGUUUUAAAAUAUCUCUAUGUGCUUUUAUGGUAAAAAUUUUGAGUGAGGUUUUUUAUCUUUAUCAGAUAGCAUUAGUCUCCUGACAGUGGCUAAAAGUAGCCAAAACACAUAUGGUGGAUUUUUAAUAAAUUAUUGUAUUUGAAGGUAUUAUCUUAUACGAUUCAACAAAAUUGUGAACCGAUAAUAAAACAUUGUAAUUUUUUUGCAUUUUUCUACAGAAGUAAGUUGAUUGAUGUAUUGGAAGUCCCUUAUGUUACAAACCAUAGAAACAUGUAUGACUGAAUCUUAGGAAAACAUAUUCAUGUUAUGAGUGGCUGGUAGCUUGUAAGUAUUUUCAUUGUACAAAUAAAGGUGUUUGUGCAUCAUAUAUUUGUUGGAAAAUUAUGUGUAAAAAGAGAGAAAAUUGUAGGAUUUGAGGUUUUGUUGGUGGUGAGUCUGAAGAUUGCUGUCUUCUGAGAUAAAAUUAUUUUUUUAUGCUUUCAGAGCACUGGAGUGGAAGAAGUAUUGAGUUAGUUACUGUUGUUUAAUCAGUGAAGACAAAGAACUUUGUUUUGUGGCCUGCUCAGAAUUGUAGUAGUUUGGACCAUUGGCUUGAAACUCGAUUAAGGCAUUUAUUUUUCUUGUGUCAUUCUACAUUUUGACAAGUAAUCAUAUAUAGAGAGCCGCAAAAUGUGUGCCCAAGUGUGAUUGAAUAAUAUGGAACAUGUAAUAUUCGUGGUAUAUUUGCUGAAACAUUUUUGUACCUCAAUAUUAAAAUUCUAGACAUUCUCAUUUCAUACUGCAUUGCAGAAAAUGAAUAAAAAUUAGAAUUUUAUUCAAAAGUAAUUAAUAAAGAGUUUUGAAGUGA